ACCGCUCAUUGGUCAACAAAAUGGAUUCGGAAAGAAGUGAAAAUUCCUCGAAAGGUGUAAUCAUAGAGCACAACAAGGACUCCCCGUUCCAGAUAUUGGACGUUCGGUCCAUCAGUGAAGUGCCCACAUCGUUUCACUAUCCACCGACGUUUGACGAUACCGGAGCGCUGUCUGACGAUUCAUCGAUCAGCGAGCGUGGGCUGGUCAUCGAUAUGGCUGACGAGGACGCUGCAGAUAUGAUGGAAACGGACAAACCAAAUACCACAAAAUUGAGCAUGGGUGAACGUAACGACAAGAGAAAGCUGCCACCGAACGUGACUGUACAGCCGAAUCGAAUCAGCAGAAGGAAAAGCCAACACGUCCCUAUCACAACUGACGAUGUGGUGUUCGGUGUACCGAUCGGUGCGGGACCGGUGGUUUCGGCGGAGGAUGAGAUGGAGCUCAAAACGUGCAAGAAUCUCGUGAAGCUAAAUGUGUUGCUGCGAAGCACCAUUAACCACGUGCUGGAACAACGCUACGAUCGAAAUUUCAAUUUCAACGCCGCGCGGACCGAUCGGAGUAGCUUCGAUCAGUUGCGAAGUUGGGUAAACUGCUAUGAGAAAAUCAAGAAGGAAUCUGCUGCCGAAAAAGCCCAACAGGAAGAUCCACAAGUUGAGUGAAGAAAAAUAAGGACAUUUAGUUUUAAACGCUGGAUCCAGUAUUCUGCCGAAGAGGCAUUUAAUCGGAAUGAUAGGACCGAUGUGGUCACAACAGCAGCUAGGAAAAAAACAUACUUACUGUCUCAGGGAGGAUCAACUCGAUUGCGGUAGUAAAAAGGCGAUUCUAGAAGGUUACAUAAACUCGAUAGAGCAAUCACAUAAUAACGAUCUUUUUAUUUAAUAAUACUCUUCGCGUUCUUCUAUCGAGGAUAAUUCAAAGAUAUGCACAAUAGUUUUCGCGGCUACAACGCUUUCGAAUGAUCACUCUUCUCCGUUCCGCUUGACAAUAGAAAACAGCGAUAGCUUCUGUUCCUUGAGCAUCCCACGGUGCACGGGUACUUUGAUAAACGCUCCGUGAAUUCAACGAUGCACGCUUGGCGAAAAUUGACCACUUGCACCGUAGUCCCUUGCGCUCCGUGCGACCUUCGACCGGUCUAACGGCAACAUUCGGGUCCACUUCAGCGAUGUGCAGCAGCACGUCAAACGCAGCUUUCGGGCACGCGUGUCGUCAGCAACCGGUCCUUGAUCACGUUGAUAUCGAGCUCGGAGCUACCCGGACCGGGACCGGAUCUCGUCGAGGGCAGAAUUCCCACGAUGCUACCUUGCGCCAGGUACUCGAGCGCCUCCAGGGAUGGUGCGGGAGGUAUGGAAGCGACCGCUCCUUGCUGCAGGUCGGCCGUUAUCGAUGUGUGAUAGUUCGCGUCGUGAUUCGCCAACACGACCGUACUCGCCUGAUAUGAUAUGGGGGUGGGUGAAAAGGCUCCGUACCGCGGGGAAUCCUUAAAGAAAAAGGCGAAUAUAGGAAAGCGUAAGACUGGCAAUCGCUUGGAUCGAUACACGCUCGAUAUACCUUUGUUGUAGUUUCGUUGUGCUGAGGCGUUGGAAGCAGCGGGGAAGCAGAGACUGUAAUGUAUAAUAUAAAAAUGAAAACAAAUAACGUUAAUGUAAUUAAAGACAUCUAAAUUAAAAGUUCAUUGCGUA